AUGCGGAACAGCAGUGGGAUUUCUAGGACUUCCACCCACUCACCAUCUGUAGUCUCCCUUCCGCCCCCGCCCCGCCUGCAGGGCUCCCCCACCCCCUGCCCGAGAAGCAGACCUGCACAGUGGGAGGCAGGGACCCCAGCCAGACGCUCGGGUCGUGCGCGCCGCCCUGACCUCGGGCAGCCGGGGAAACUAACAAAGGCGGCGCUGGAGCCGGGACCCCCAGAGCCCAAGCGGCCGCCUCGGGGCUGGGAACCCGGGCCAGACGGGGCGAGCGCCUGCCGAGGGCUGCUCCGGUCAGGAAGCGGCGUCUCUGGAGCAGGAGGCAGCGGCUCCCGAGGACUAGGAGCCCUCCCCGCGCCCGCCCGCCCGCCCGCCCGCAGCCCGGCCGCCGCUGGCUGGCAUCAUGGCUUGUUGCACCGGGCGCUGCUCGCUCAUCUGCCUCUGCGCGCUGCAGCUGAACAAAUGUUGAUUCACAGCCUUGUUGUCUCAGGGGCACAAAUGAACAUUUCUCAAAGGUAAGUGUCAGUUCACCUCACCUUCCACCGAAUUGUCACCCCUCACAGGGCACUAGAUCCCCGAGAACCCCCACAGCCCCCUCUCCCACGCAAGAACCUUUAACUUUCCUGUUUUGGGCCCUAGAUCUGCUAUAAUAAGACUUCAGUCCAUUUAGAUGUUGCCCUGUAUUAGUAACAAGACCUGUAAACAUUAACUUAAUUUCAUUUUUAAUAAUAUAAUUUGAUUUUUUAUCACUUUAUUGGAAUUAUACUUUGUUAGAGUUAUAGGCUAGGCUAGU